AAUUCGAAAUCAUGAAUGAAUCAUGACUAUUAAAAAAAAUCUAGCUAAAAUUGUUGCAGGUCUGGUGAAUUAAUUGCUACUGUUAAAAACCACUUUUCUUUUUUGUUCAGAUUUUUCCAUCCCCGGGAACUGAGCUAACAUAGCUAAUUUAACAAUUAAACUAUAAUAAUUAUAGUUUAAUAAUUAAUUAUUAAUUAUUACAUUGAAUCAGGAUUCUUCAAUCACUAACGGCUACGCCGGUGUUUUUUAGGAAACGAAUUGAUUCAUCCUGACAUUGAAUGUGUAUCACAUUAUGUGAUACAAUUUCCCGUCAUUUUGCUCCAUGCGUCGACAUUCGUCUCAUUGGAAGAAGGAAAGCGGACGAGCUGUUGUAAAUACAUAUUUACAUAGAUUAUUAAGAACAAUUAAGAAUCUUACUACAGCAGGACAAGAAGGUUAGUUCCUGCAGGACAGGGUGAUCUGGUACUUAACGAAUUAGAUUUAGAGGAACGGUGCAUGUAACUGGGCUCACGGAGAGAGUAAACAACGAAGAAGAAGAGGUCAUCCUUAACAUAAAAAGCAGAUGGAAAUGUACGUUGGGGCCCCGUGCUUGGAAGAAGAUGGCAAAAUGCUGAGCUUGUCCCCGUCAAAGAACAAGGAACUCGAAGCCCUUCCCCUGCUCAAAAAUACGGCGGCGGCGUCGGAAAGGGAGGAGCUUUUUGUUCAAAAACUUCGACAGUGUGGCGUCCUGUUUGAUUUUGUUACUGACUCGCAGUCCGACCUCAAAUGUAAAGAAGUGAAAAGAUGCGCACUCCAAGAAAUGGUGGAAUACAUUACGACCCAGGAAGGCGUCAUUACAGAGCCUAUUUAUCCAGAAGCGGUCAACAUGUUUUCCGUCAACGUGUUUCGGGCGCUGGCCCCAUCGUCGAGUCCAAACGGGACAGAUUUUGAACCGGAAAAGGUUAAGCCUACGCUUGACGCGGCUUGGCCGCAUUUGCAACUCGUUUAUGAAUUGUUUUUGAAGUUUCUGGAAACCCCUGACUUUCAACCUAGUAUAGCCGAGAAAUAUGUAGAUAAGGAGUUUGUGUCACAGUUACUGGAUUUAUAUAACGCUGAAGAUUCAAGAGAACGAGAAUUUGUAAAAUUAACCAAUCACAAGAUUUAUGCAAAACUCCUUAAUCUCCGAAGAUACAUCCGAGAGCAGGUUUAUAAUAUCUUCCAUCACUCCAUUUACGAAACUGAACGUCACAAUGGGAUCGCAGAAAUGUUAGAAAUACAGGCGAGCAUCAUCAACGGAUUAGCUCUCCCGUUGAGGGAGGAGCACAUUGCUUCUCUUUUCGACGUGCUGCUACCAUUGCACAAAAUGAAUUGUCUCUCGGUCUACCACUCUCAACUGGCAUUUUGUGUCGUCAAAUUUGUCGAAAAGGAUGCUUCAUUGGCUGAACGGGUGGUAAAUGGAUUAUUCGAAUUUUGGCCCGAAAGACAUUCUCCGAAAGAGGAAAUGUUUCUAAAUGAGUUGGCAGAAAUAUUGGCAAUGAUCGCAUGAGAUGACACCAAAACUUUACCCACAGAAUCUCUUUAUUUUACGGGGAAAAAUAUCAAUUUGUUCAACUGUGUAGUAUAAUUUGUAAAAUAUUUGUGGUGUAUUUGUUGUGUUAGAUUUCGAUUCCUUGUACAUUUUAUAAUAAGAAUAUGUAAUACAGGCUCGUACAUAUUUAAAAUACCACCAUGCAUUUAAUAUCAAAUUAUUGUAACAAAUCGUGAUAAAAUAUUUCUCUAAUUAAAAAUACGCACAAUAAUUGAAUUCUUAAUUCCUAGUAAUUUGUAAUUUGGCACGUUAUAAAAUAAGUAUUAUGAAUUUCGCCCACAUUCUCCCAUAGAAUAGAAAGAAAUUCAGAGAGACAGCAUUCACCAAGUCAUUCCUGCAAGUUA